GUUUUGACCCGAGGCGCGCGACCGCCCCUUGGUAGGCUCGCGGCGCCGCGUCGCCUCUGCGCUCGUUCUGUAGGUCCUGCUCUCUCGACGAGGUUGCUCCGCACACUCGGCGUCCGCCGGCUCCCUAUCCUGCGUCCCUGCGACCGCCGCGGCGAAGAUGGCCUCAGGAGUGCAAGUUGCUGAUGAAGUAUGUCGCAUUUUUUAUGACAUGAAAGUUCGGAAAUGCUCCACACCAGAGGAAAUCAAGAAAAGAAAGAAGGCUGUCAUUUUUUGUCUCAGUGCAGACAAAAAGUGCAUCAUCGUUGAGGAAGGCAAAGAGAUCUUGGUUGGAGAUGUGGGUGUGACCAUCACCGAUCCCUUCAAGCAUUUUGUGGGGAUGCUUCCUGAGAAGGAUUGUCGCUAUGCCUUGUAUGAUGCGAGCUUUGAGACCAAGGAGUCCAGGAAAGAAGAGCUGAUGUUCUUUUUGUGGGCCCCAGAACUGGCCCCUCUGAAGAGUAAGAUGAUCUACGCCAGCUCCAAGGACGCCAUCAAAAAGAAGUUCCAAGGCAUAAAACACGAAUGUCAAGCGAACGGCCCGGAAGACCUCAAUCGGGCUUGCAUUGCCGAAAAGCUGGGCGGGUCCUUGAUCGUAGCCUUUGAAGGGUGCCCCGUGUAGCAUCGUUCCAGUGCCACAGCCGAAAGCUUCCGUGUUUAACGUUACCCUCUUGCUCAAUAAGUAAAGCAGAUGCAUUUACGCCAGGGUCUCACUGAGGGGAGCUGUCUUGUCAUCUUUUAGAGUAAAUAUUCUAUAAACCUGUGCAAAUGCGGCCCUCAAUAAACCUAGCAUCCAAAGUAUAAUUGGUGUGACAUGAAAUUCUUACUGGCCCAAUGCCUGUUUUGAUGAGUUGACUUACAAAGAUUUUUGUUAAGCUCAGGAUUUUUAAUAACAGUUCACAAAACAGUGUAGAGGCCAUAGGAAGAGAAUGGUUCUGUCUUUCUUUAACCUCUGCAGUUACUUUGUUUCUUUUGCUUAGAGAAUUGAUUAUAAGCGGGUUAAAAUUUUGGCCCAGAAUUUUUCCUUGACCCACACAGAAUGGGAUGUUCCCUACCACGUACACACACUAACCCGCUAGCCGCAGGCCCCGGGCAGCCUUUAGACCUCCCCACUGCGCUCCAGAGCCUGCCUCGAAGUCGCCCCCACUGUGACUCUCACUCAUCUUGCGAAGCCCGUCUCCAGGGGCGCAGCGUGGGAGGGCGUGGCUGUCCCCACACCUUGCAUGGUGGUGUGGCAAAGGCCAUGGGAUGUCUAGUUCUAAUGCAAAUUAGGGCUCAGCUGUAGUCAGCUUUCUAGUGAAAAUAAUCUAGGUAGUCUAGGACACUGCACCUGCGGCUCCCUUAGAGCUGCGCACCCAGUACACGUGACGGCAAGAACCUCGGUGUUUCAUCGGGUCUGGGAGAGCUGUUUCCUAGGCAGUCUGUCACUUGAGUAGGGAGCCGUGCCUAGUGACAUGCGGAUGUGCUUGUCCUUAACACCACAGGCAUGAAAUUUGAACAAGACAGAAGUGCACAGUCGAUCUUAAAAGUAGUAACUGGCUUUAUGUAAUAAAGGAAGCAUUGUUAA